AUGGGCUCCUCCAGCUCCAUGUCCAGCCCCGCCGAAGCGCCGGCAGCGGCGGCAGCGCCGGCAGCGCCGGAAGCGGCGGAAGCGGCGGGUCCGGGGGCCUCUGUGGCGGUGCUGGGGCUGAGCGGAGAGACGAUCACGACAAAGAGUGUAGGGCCCAAGGUGAGCAUUCGCGAACUGAAGGCGAGUCGAAGGGCCGAACGGGCCGAAGGGGGAGGAGACUGA